AUGAACUCAGAAGUAUUAGCUCCCGGCGAGAAAGUGGAACUUCCUUCUUUAACAGAUCACAUAGACCCACGCGACUUUGGUAGCCGAGUAGUCCAUACGAAGCCGUUAAGGCGUAUUCCUCGAUCUUCAUCACCGGCUGAUUUAAUCUCGCCUCAUCCAGCACCCGAACCAAGUCGUAUACCAUUAGCCGUCCCAUCUGACUCAACAGAUCGCUCUCGGAUCAUCUUUUCUACACACUCUAGCUCAGUGUAUCGUGAAACGUACGACUUAUUACUUUCUCUCAUUAAUAACAAGAUUAUAGGUGGAGACAUGCCUCAGGAAGUGAUAAUAGAAUUUGCAGAGAAUGUAUUGGAAAUAGCUCGACAUAAUGAAUGGAGCGAUAGAAAAAAGAAAGAAGCGAUAGAGAAAUUGUUGCCGGAAGAAGAGGACAUGGGGUCUGAUUUGUUUGAGGAAUUGAUUGGUGCUGCUGAGGCCAUAAUCGAGUUUCCACAAGUUGUAGAAGAAAGGAAGAUUGGUGAGAUUGAGGCGAGGUCUGGGAGGAACGUCGAAUUUCCGACAAUGUCGGACGAUAAUACAGUGAUCGAAUCGUAUCCUGCGAAUGGUCCCUUUAUGAACGCAAGUGAGAUCGAAGAUGAGUCCGAAUUCAAGUUUAGCACGGAGUAUGAUGACUCUAUCACUCCAUACAGUACUGACGAAGACAGACAGUAG